AUGGGGUUUUCUGCUCCGGCUACCCCUUUUAGGCCCUCAUCCUUUUCCCCGCCCUACUUCUGGCUCUGCCGCUCCUACACUCGGUUAUACUCUUUCUCAUCUUGGAGCAGAGUUUUUUGCAGGCUGGAAGAUAGAGUGCGUCCAACUGGAAGUGGCCUCAAUGAUGAUUUAGUCGUACAAAAACAAAGAAAAAGUUACAGCACACAUUAUGAAAGAAAGGGUGGACGAGUUACUAAUUGGUCAUAUCCUCAGUUAAAGGGGCCCGUUGUUAGUAGUGAGGAAGAUUGUAAUGAAGUCGUGAAUGCAAAUUUUAGCCCUUUGCAUACAGCCACCGACUGGGGCGUUGCAGCUGGAGUACAAAGUUUCAAGAGGAAAUGUUAUGUUGAAAGAGUUAAGGUAAAUGCCAAUCUCCAGACACUUCCGGAAGAAGAAAUUGCAGGAAGACUCGGGCAUGGCAGCCAAAAGAGAUAUGAAAGAAAAGGGGAAGGGGGCAGCAACAUGGCAGUGGGGAGUUUGAUGACAAAACCCACUUGCCCGAAUGGUCUGGAAAAUAAAGGAUAUGGAGAUUCUAUAGCCGGAGAGAAUAAUGUGAAUGGCAUAAUAGAAUCUGUUUCUGCUGAUGAGAAAGCUAAUUUAAGCGAUGCUGUUGGGGAAAAUGUCAAUCAGGAAAGGACUGCUUCUGAAAGCGAAAUCGCUCGCGAGAGGCUUAGUCAGGUUUAUGACAAGGUUCUUGUGGUUGAUGGUAUUUCUGCAGCAAGGGAAGUAGUCAGAAUGCUCACCACUCAAUACAAUCAUCUCAUUCACGCAUGUGAUACUGAGGUGGCCAACAUAGAUGCUAAAGAAGAAACACCAGUGGACCAUGGGGAAAUUAUAUGUUUUAGUAUAUAUUCUGGGCCACAGGCUGAUUUUGGCAAUGGAAAGUCCUGUGUCUGGGUAGAUGUUCUUGAUGGAGGUGGUAGGGAUAUUAUCAAAGAGUUUGCUCCAUUUUUUGAAGACCCAACUAUUAAAAAGGUGUGGCACAAUUAUAGCUUUGACAAUCAUGUCAUAGAGAACUAUGGGUUGAAAGUUUCUGGUUUCUAUGCUGACACAAUGCACAUGGCUCGGUUGUGGAACUCAUCUAGGCGAAUGGAGGGAGGUUACUCUUUGGAAGCACUAACAGGUGAUCGUACAGUCAUGAAGGAUGCCAAGAGUGGGCAUGACCUAAUGGAUGUUGGGAAAGUAUCAGUGAAGACCAUCUUUGGCAAGAAAAAAAUGAAAAAGGAUGGUUCAGAGGGAAAAUUGGUCACCAUUCCUCCCGUUGAGGAGCUCCAACGAACCGAGAGAAAACUUUGGAUUUGUUAUUCAGCUUUGGACUCAAUUAGCACUUUGAGGCUAUAUGAAAGUUUGGAGAAAAAACUGAUGAGAGAGCCCUGGUCUGUGGACGGUAAGUACAAGGGGUCGAUGUUUCAGAACUACCAGAGAUAUUUACUUCCCUUUGGUGAGCUUCUCGUGAAAAUGGAGACAGAGGGGAUGCUGGUCAACCGCCUGUACCUUGCUGAGAUUGAGAAAGUGGCUAAGGCAGAGCAACAGAUUGCGGCCGAUAGGUUUCGAAAGUGGGCGUCAAAGUAUUGUCCUGAUGCAAAGUACAUGAACGUGGGGAGUGAUACACAGUUGCGCCAAUUUCUCUUUAGUGGUAUACAGAACAGGAAGGAUCCAAAUGAGUUUCUUGAUGAGAAGGAGGUCAAGGUUCCCAAUGUAGAUAACAUAAUUGAAGAAGGAAAGGAGAGUCCUACAAAAUAUCAUAAAAUAGUAUUGCGUAAGCCCGAUUUUGUCAAUAUCAACCCUGACAAGUACACUGCGAGUGGUUGGCCAUCUGUUAGUGGAGAUGUUUUAAGGAGUCUUGCCGGUAAGGUUUCUGCUGACUUUGACUUCCUCGAUGAAGAGAACGACGAAGAACAGCCUGAAAAUAUGUCCACAAAAGAUUCCGAAUGCCACCAAGCAAAUCCAAUCUCAGAAAUUGACACCUCUGCUUGUGGAGAAGCUUACUCUGCUUUUGGUGGUGGGCAGGCAGGAAUCGAGGCUUGCCAUGCAUUUGCUGCUUUGUGUGAAAGUUGUGCUAUAGAUUCUCUCUUAUCCAACUUUAUAAUCCCUCUACAGGGGAACCAUAUAUCUGGCAAGACAGGGAGAAUCCAUUGCUCCAUAAAUCUUAACACAGAAACUGGGCGGUUAUCUGCAAGAAGACCUAAUUUGCAGAACCAGCCUGCAUUGGAGAAGGAUCGGUACAAGAUACGAAAGGCAUUUGUUGCUGCACCUGGCAACUCCCUCAUAGUUGCUGAUUAUGGACAGUUGGAACUAAGGAUUCUUGCUCAUCUGGCCGAAUGUGAGAGCAUGUUGGAUGCUUUUAAAGCUGGUGGAGAUUUCCACUCAAGGACUGCUAUGAAUAUGUAUCCACACAUUCGUGCUGCUGUUGAACAAAAGGAAGUUCUUCUCGAGUGGCAUACUCAAUCUGGUGAAGAUAAGCCUCCAGUGCCUUUGCUAAAGGAUACGUAUGCUUCUGAAAGAAGGAAAGCAAAGAUGCUCAACUUUUCAAUUGCAUACGGAAAAACUACCGUGGGACUUGCCCGUGACUGGAAGGUUUCCCGUGAAGAAGCUCAAGAGACAGUUGACCUCUGGUACAGUGACAGACAAGAAGUCCUGAAGUGGCAGGAUGACAGGAAGAAACAAGCGCAUAAGUACAAACAUGUCUACACAUUGCUAGGUAGGGCAUGCCACUUCCCAUUACUAAAGAACGCCAGCUCAGCGCAUAGACAUCACAUCGAACGUGCUGCCAUCAAUAUCCCAGUGCAGGGUAGUGCUGCAGAUGUCGUUAUGUGUGCCAUGUUGGAGAUAUCGAGGAAUGAACGUUUGAAGGAGUUGGGCUGGAGGCUCUUAUUACAGGUUCAUGAUGAAGUGAUCCUAGAGGGCCCAACUGAGUCGGCAGAGGAGGCAAAGGCUAUAGUGGUCCAUUGCAUGUCAUAUCCAUUUGAUGGAAAAAAUAUCUUAAGAGUCGAUUUGUCGGUUGAUGCCAAGUGUGCCCAAAACUGGUAUGAAGCCAAGUAG